AGGCAUUGGCGUUGAACAUUGGGCGGCCCAGGGUAGAGUGGGCGCGGCAGGGAGCUAUGUGGUGACAUACGGGAUGUAUGCUGGAUGAUGAGAGCUCGCUGAUGUGGCAUAUUAAGCCGAGGUGGAACCACAUGCUGCUGUUGGUUGUGCCGAGGCAAAGACCGGUCAUCAUGAGUGCACAUCAGGUUGCCGGUGAGAAAUCUGUGGUUGGGGGCAGCAUUUAUGAGGUUCUCCUGACGGAUUACCGAAGGUGCCUACCUGCAGAGGUAAGGACCAAGCUGGUUGAUGAAGCCUAUGUCGAACAGCACACCUUCACUACUUUUAGUAAGAAAGCUCUGGACAUAGAGGCAAAGAUGGGAUCUGCGCAUAAGGCAUCUCAUGAUGGUAGGAAGAGACUGCCCCAAAACUGGAAGAAGAAGGGUCAGUUAAUGUUUGUUGACCACGAUGGUCAAACAACCGAGAUUGACGAUUUCCCAGACCUUGGGGAGUUGACAGAGCAGGAUGGGGCUACUGUAGCAGAGAGUUCUGCACUGCAGGCAUGUGAACACACUCCAACCUCCCGUUCCCCUGUAAUCUCCGUUGCUAAGAGUAGAGGCAAGGCUCCAGCUCAGCUCAAGAGACGCCGUUUGGAAUACAGCGAUGACAGCGGCAGCAGUGACGAUACCUUGCAUGGGAAAAGGAAGAAGACAGGGAGGACUAAGCAUAGUGGCGCAGGGCAGGGGGAAGAGGGAAGAGAUGAAGAUUCAAAGAGGGGGAGAGGAGGGGGAGAUGGGCGAAAUGGAGGAGGAAUGAGAAGUGGAAGGAAAACCAACAAACAGCUGGACACCGAAAAAGAAGUCGCCAUAGGAAGAGCAGGAGCAGGAGCAGGACCAGGAGCAGGAGCAGGACCAGGAGCAGGAGCAGGAGCAGGAGCAGGAGCAGGAGCAGGAGCAAAUGAUGAAGCAGAAGCAGGAGGGUCAAAGAUUGGUCUAAAGGAUGUGAUGACAGAGAUGAUGGACAGAGACUCUCGGUGGCGAUCCACCAAGAAGACAGUGAUUACAUCCCGGUCACCUUAUAGCACUAAAACAGGGACAACUCCCCGGAUACCUUGUGUCAUUGAAUCUGAUUCUGCUGAUCAGAUGCUAACUGCCAAGAAGUUGCCAGAUAGCGUGCUGUGUGAGGCGAGAGCAAGGGAGGAGAGAGGUGGAGCUCAAGUACACCAGUCUGGAGAAGGUCUACAGAUCAAAACUGUAUCACCAAGGGCAAGAGGUGGGAUGCCUAACCACCGGUUGGCUGCCGAGACACGGGCUGAUGUUGCAGGACUGACUUCUCACAAGGACGACAGGUCACGCAACAAUGUUGUGCUCACGGACCACCAUCUGCGCAUGAAUCCACAGGGUGAUGCAGCAGUGCCUCGGGGUUAUGUGACUCGUGACGUAGCUGGUGACGAUGCUCUUCUGGACAGAAAUGGAAGCUCCAAACCUCAGCGUGGGGGAGGUAAUUGGCCCAGACAACAUGCGAAUGAAACAUGGCAGCAAGGACUCUGUGAUGAGAGAGCAGGUCCAGCAUCACGACUGGGACCUGGAACUGGGCGAGGAGCAGGUGUAGAAACAGGACUGGGAACUGGAACUGGAACUGGAACUGGAACUGGGCGAGGACACGUGGUUAAGAGUCCCAUGCGAAGAGUGGCGGAGGAUUCCCCCGUAAGAGAGGGAAUGGAAGAAGCAUAUCAGAAUGUGGAUGUUGUAUGUUGCACGCCCCUGUUUGUUCCAGCUUCACCAAUACGGUCCCCGUUACGAGAUGAUCCGGGCAUGCACAACAGGUCUCCGCCAGUGGGGUGCAGACAAGGGGGCACAUCAGGUUCUCACAUUGCAACAGGAAAACCUGGUGGGGUGCAGCAAGGGUGUAGAGAACGAGGCUCACCGAGGCAAACCAUUAUGAAGGAAAACCGUUUUGAGAAAUCAACUGGGGCAAAGGAGAAGGAUCUUGAGGCCGAGGUUUGCAGGCUACGUGAUGAGUGUGCGCGUCAGUCGACAGUGCUGCUUGAACUCAGGGCCGACAAAUCUGGCCUUGAGGCUGAUAGAAAGCGGGCACAGCAAGAAGUGGAGGCUCUUCAGCAAAGACUGAUGAACGAGAUCAAUGCUCGGAAGCAGCAGGCAUUGCAGGGCUCUAUACACCUGAAUGAUAUGUCCGAGCUCGAGGCGGAAAAAAGGCGGGUGAAGGAGAAAGCAGAUGAGGAGUUGCAAGUCUUGACGAGGAGGCUUCAGGGGGAGAUCGAUGCGCAGCAAGACUCGUUUCAGAAUGAAAGGAAAACAUUUGAAGCAAGAAUUCAGGAAAUAGAAGCUGCUAAAAGCACACUUUUGGAAGAGAUGGAUAUGCAAAGAAACACAGCUUUUACGAAGAUCAAAGCCCUUCAAAAAGAGGUAUGCCACAGAGCUCCUGGGUCUAGCAAUUUCGGGGUCCUGACGAUGUAAAGGAAUGCCCUGUGCAUUAAUUUGGAGAC